AUUUCUUUGUGGGGGUCAUAAUUUGGCAACAGCUGGAGACUGGGGCAGAGCUCACCACUCAACACGUUUUCCAUGGCCGUUCCUUCUCAACUCUCCUCUCUAUCUUCUCUCUCCCCUCCGUCCACUUCUGCUCCUUCUCCUCCUCCUCCUCCUCCUCCUCCUCUGCAAAUUCACCGCCGAAGGCGAAUUGCUUUCAGAUUCCGAGCUUCUCAUACUUCUUCUUUGGGCUCUUCGUCGAAUCCAGCGGGGCCCAAAGUCGUGGUCACCAGAGAACGCGGCAAGAACGGCAAGCUCAUCAGAGCUCUGGCUAAACAUGGAAUUAACUGUCUGGAGCUUCCCCUCAUUCAGCAUACACAGGGGCCUGAUAUGGGUAGGCUUUCAUCCGUAUUAAGUGCAGAUACACCAUUUGAUUGGAUUGUCAUAACUUCCCCUGAGGCUGGGUCAGUCUUUCUGGAGGCAUGGAAGGCGGCUGGGACCCCAAAUGUUAAUGUAGGUGUUGUUGGAGCUGGUACGGCGAGCGUUUUUGACGACGUGAUGCAGUUCUCCAAUCGAUCACUCAAUGUUGCCUUUGCACCCUCAAAAGCGACAGGUAAGGUUCUGGCUUCUGAGCUUCCAAAGAAUGGGCUAAAUUGCAGAGUCUUAUAUCCUGCUUCUGCAAAAGCUAGCAAUGAGAUUGAGGAAGGCUUGUCUAAUCGUGGAUUUGAGGUCACAAGGCUAAAUACAUAUACAACGGUACAAGUCCAGGAUGUUGACCAAAUGCUUUUACAGGAGGCACUUUCUACUCCUGUUGUUGCAGUCGCUUCACCUUCUUCGAUUCGUGCCUGGGUCAAACUUAUUAGCGAUUCACAGUCAUGGAACAAUUCAGUUGCCUGUAUUGGUGAGACAACUGCUUUGGCUGCAAAAAGAUUAGGCCUACAAAAUGUGUACUACCCAGCGCAACCAGGCCUUGAAGGGUGGGUUGAUAGCAUCCUUGAAGCUUUGGGAUCACAUGAUCAGCUCUAGAAGGUCAUGUUACCAAGUUGUUUCCUUUCAGUUUUUACCAAGGGUUUUGCAAAUUGACGAGGAGGUAACAAGUUCAGAUGAUGGCAGGGCCCCAUAGAUGCAAAAAUUAGCGGCUCAUGUGUAAACAAGGCAUGAAAGGAAGAUGAAGUUCUUAGAAGCAGCAUGGCAGAAAGGGGUAAGAUCUUCGACACCCUGAAGAGAUCAUAUCCAGUUGCCAUGGCAUCUUUUUAAGGCUAGUCAAGUGGAUAUCCUGAUGCAGAAAUCUUUUCUUUUUUGUAUUAAAGCCAACAUCAGGUGUGCAACUCUAUUGACAAUGAAUAAAAUUUUUUGUACUCAUAUAUAAAAUAAUGACUAUUAGUAGAAAUUGCUUUUAGGAUAAAGUGGCGAGUAUUGUCUGCUCAUAAAUUAUGCUGUAUCAUAGCUUUCAUCAUUAAAAUUCGUUGUACACAAUUUGUUAGAGAAGAAGCCUUUUACUUUCACUAUUA